CAAUUUCGAUGUGCUAUGGAACUUGCACCACACAAUAUAUCUGCACACCUUGGGCUUGCUUCUGGGCUGCUUGAUUGGUCAAAAGAUUGCAUUAAAUCUGGAGCAUUUUGUUGGGCAGCUGAUCUCUUACAAGAAGCAUCAGAAGCUGCAAAAGUCAGUACCUGUUUGUCUGGAAAUUUAUAUUCUGCUUGGAAGUUGCAUGGGGACAUCAAGAUUGCAUAUGCAAAAUGCUAUCCAUGGGGAACUGGAAGGAUUGGAUAUGAAAUAGAUGAGGAUCUCUUGAAAUCUUCCAUCAUCAGCUGGAAAAAGACAUGCUAUUCAGCUGCAAUUAGUGCUAAACACUCGUAUCAGCGGGCUUUACACUUGGCUCCUUGGCAGGCUAAUAUUUACACUGAUAUUGCAAUCUCUGUUGAUUUUAUUGGCUAUCUAGAAGAGAGAAACAACAAUGAUUUGGAAAUUUGGCAGCUACCUGAGAGGAUGGCCCUAGGUGGCUUGUUGCUGGAAGGAGUUAAUAAGGAGUUCUGGGUUUUGUUGGGAUGUCUGGCUAGCAGUGAUGCUCUGAAGCAACAUGCUUUGAUUAGAGCGUUGCAGUUGGAUGUGUCUCUUUCCUCAUCAUGGGCAUAUCUGGGAACGCUCUAUAAAAACUCGGGAGAAAAGCAAUUGGCAUGUCAAGCAUUUGAUCGUGCAAGAAGCAUAGAUCCUUCUUUGGCAUUACCAUGGGCUGGCAUGUCAGCUAGUUAUCAGGAUGGGCUUUGCUCGACAAAUGAAGCUUUUGAAAGCUGUCUGUGGGCUGUGCAGACACUGCCUCUUGCUGAAUUUCAAGUUGGUCUUUGUGCACUUGCAGUUCUUUCUGGUCAUCUGUCAUCCCCGCUGGUAAUUGGAGCCAUAGGGCAGGCCGUUCAAAGGGCUCCGUACUUACCCGAGUCCCAUAAUUUACAUGGCUUAGUAUGUGAAUCACGGACUGAUUAUCAGUCUGCAAUUGUUGCUUAUCAGAAGGCACGAUGUGCUUUGAGAAUGUUUCCCAACUUCAAGAGUGAUCUUCAAUCUUCCUUCACUGAUGUAUCAGUUAACCUUGCUAGAUCACUUUGUAAGGCCGGACAUGCAAUUGAUGCUGCACAAGAGUGUGAAAAUUUGAAGAAAGAAGGAUUCCUUGAUAGUAAGGGCUUGCAAAUAUAUGCUGUUGCAUUGUGGAAACUUGGACAAUACAACUUAGCUCUUACUGUGGCGAGAAAGUUGGCUGAGAAUGUCUCAACCAUGAAACAGACAUGUGCAGCUGCUUCCCUUGGGUUGAUAUGCACACUAAUGUACAACAUUUCAGGAUAUGACUCUGUAGUUAGAACAAUUAGAAAAUUUCCAAGUGAGUUUUUGCAAAAUACAAGAAUGAGUCUCAUCGUCUGUGCAUUAAAUGCUUUAGACACAAAUAAACAACUGCAGUCGCUUCUGCCAACCAUUUCUCAAGCUGCUGCUUCUCAUGGUAUUGCCAUUGAAAUACAUUCCAUUACCGCUAUUAACAAAUUGAUAACUCAGGAGUCUCCUCAAACUGUAGCCAUUGACAGGGGAGUAGAUUACCUAAGAAAGGCCCUUCAUAUGUAUCCUAACAGUCUUUUAAUAAGAAGCCAUCUUGGUUUGCUUCUACUGUCUAGUGGAGAUUGGAUGGCUCUUCAGAAAGCAGCCAGGUGUGCUGUCAUUCCAACUGGUCACCAGCACCCUGUCAAGAAAGGAUUUAGACUACCAUAUGAAAUUCAUGGUGCUAUGGCAGUUGCUUGCGGUUCCAUCUGUUCCACCAACCCGAAGUCUUCUUUCCCUACCUGCAAUGAUGGGCUUAUGCAUGGAGCUAGACACUUGCACUUGCUUCAAAGAUGGUUGCAUCAAGAACCAUGGAACCAAAAUGCUCGUUACUUACUUGCUCUUAAUGUUUUCCAGAAAGCUCAUGAAGAGAACUUCCCCCAACAACUUUGCAUUAUUUCAAAACGGUUGGUUUUAGAUGCUCUCUCUACAGAAGAGUUUCUGGGGGACAAUAAGCUAUCUCAGUCUCGGAGUCUCCUACUCCUCUGUGCAUCAGAAAUAAGUUUGCAGAGUGGUGACUCUGUUGGAUGCAUACAUCAUGCAUCUAAUGCAUUAGGUCUUCUUCCUACCAAUAGUGAUAUGUUUUUUGCACACUUGCAAUUAUGCCGUGGAUAUGCAGUGCAGGAGGACUAUUCAAACCUUAGGAAUGAGUACACCAAGUGCUUGCAGAUGAAGACCAUUCAUCCGAUUUGUUGGAUAUUACUAAAAUAUUUUGAAUCUAGAUACAGUUUGCAGAAUAAUUUGGACAUAAUACAUACCAACUUUCAGGCAUGUGCAGCCAGGAAAGGAAGUUCCUCCAACAAUUGGUCUGCUAACUUUGAAUUAGUUUGUGCUCAAUGUUAUUUGUGGGAUCAGGACUACUUCCACGCAGAGCAAACCUUGGCACGUGCUUGUGUAGCAAAUAUGGACAGCUGCCUUCUACUUUGUCAUGGUAUUAAUUCUACACUGCAUGUCAAGAAUUUCAAUUAAUUUUUUAUCAACAUGAUAUGCUUUCCCCAUAUUUGUUCAUGCUGUUUUGGUAAUGUGAUGUCAGCAUUUUGUACUCGCAUCUAUGUCCUAUUACAUCACGGAGGU